CGCAGCUUUUUAUCAGAUUUUACUACUGAUAAACCAAAGAAGGUAUACAUCGCGAAUGGUGAAGCCUUAUUGACAGCUGGGAAAGGAACUGCUCAAGCUUUGUUAAAGGACAAUAGUGUGAGAUCUAUAAGUAAUGUGUACUUAGUACCUAAAUUGUCUGCAAAUUUAUUAUCUGUUAGUGCUAUGGAUAGGAAAGGUUACGAAAUUGUGUUUCGUUCUGGCGUGUGUAAAGUUUACGACAAAGGGCAGGUUUUAGCUACAGCUACUCUAAGAGAUGGUAUUUAUCAACUCGAUGCCAUCGAAACUCUUUCUGCUUUGUAUAGCGAGCCAUCUUCGCAGGCUAUGUCUUUGUUUUUGGGUACAGGUGACAGCGUAGCGGUGCCGACUGCUGCCGUGAGCGUGAAGCAAGCGCCACAGAUCCCUGCUACUGGAAGCCAGUCAACACAACAAGUUUGGCAUCGACGUCUAUCUCAUCUGAACGCCCGCAGUAUGGAGUUACUGAGAAAAGAAGUUCCUGAAGGCGCAUGGAAUUCAACAUCAGACCACGGUUCCAAGGUCAUCAGCUCAGAACGCAGUCGCGGAACGCGUGAUAAGAAGCGUUACGGAGAAAGCCAGAUGCAUGCUUCAGGAAGCAGGCUUGAAAAAGGAAUUCUGGGCAGAAGCGGUUAACACCGCCGUCUACCUUAAGAAUCGCUCUCCGACUAAGGCUGUGAUGGGCAGUACACCAGAAGAA